UAAACCUCUUUGGCUGGAGUAGGGUCCGGGUGAGCAGAUUUCCUUAUCCGGGAAUCGCAGGCGGGGCCGCCAUUGGCUCCCAGGAUCACGUGGGGUCCUAACUUUGUUCACUUGACAGUAAGUAGGAGGGCUUUCGGAAACAGGAAAACGAGUCAGGGGUCGGAAUAAAUUUUAGUAUAUUUUGUGGGCAAUUCCCAGAAAUUAAUGGCUAUGAGUUCUUUUUUGAUCAACUCAAACUAUGUCGACCCCAAGUUCCCUCCGUGCGAGGAAUAUUCACAGAGCGAUUACCUACCCAGCGACCACUCGCCAGGGUACUACGCCGGCGGCCAGAGGCGAGAGAGCAGCUUCCAGCCGGAGGCGGGCUUCGGGCGGCGCGCGGCGUGCACCGUGCAGCGCUACGCGGCCUGCCGGGACCCCGGGCCCCCGCCGCCUCCACCACCACCCCCGCCGCCCCCGCCACCGCCCGGGCUGUCCCCUCGGGCUCCUGCGCCGCCACCCUCCGGGGCCCUCCUCCCGGAGCCCGGCCAGCGCUGCGAGGUGGUCAGCAGCAGCCCCCCGCCGCCUCCCUGCGCCCAGAACCCCCUGCACCCCAGCCCGUCCCACUCCGCGUGCAAAGAGCCCGUCGUCUACCCCUGGAUGCGCAAAGUUCACGUGAGCACGGUAAACCCCAAUUACGCCGGCGGGGAGCCCAAGCGCUCUCGGACCGCCUACACUCGCCAGCAGGUCUUGGAGCUGGAGAAGGAAUUUCACUACAACCGCUACCUGACGCGGCGCAGGAGGGUGGAGAUCGCCCACGCGCUCUGCCUCUCUGAGCGCCAGAUCAAGAUCUGGUUCCAGAACCGGCGUAUGAAGUGGAAAAAAGACCAUAAGUUGCCCAACACCAAGAUUCGCUCCGGUGGCACCGCGGGCGCAGCCGGCGGGCCCCCGGGCCGGCCCAGCGGAGGUCCUCCCGCGCUCUAGUGGCCCCCACGCGAAAACCGUGAACCUGGGGUGGGGAGGGUGGCGAGCGCCCGGGAAUACAGGGGGAGAGAGGCGGGAGGGGACUGGGCCCGGAAAAGCCUUCUUGUCCCCCCCCCCACCCAUUUUAUCUAUUUACACGAAUAAACGCAGAGAAGGGGGAGGGGAAGCUUUAUUUAUAAAAACGACAAUAGGGAGCCCGGCGAGGCCCCCAAGAAGCAAAGCUCAAGUCUCUUGCUUUCUUCCUUUAAAAAAAAAGAAAAGAAAAGAAAAGAAAAAGAAGAAGGAA